AUGUUCACCUUUGCCACAAAGUCGCUCUGGCAGGUGCCAUCUACCGCGGAGCCUCCAAUUCCUCAGCAGGAGCCUGUCGACGAGGAGCUCUGUCCAGGCUACACUUCCGCGAGUUUUUACCCAGCAAAUCCUGGGGAAGUACUGGCAGAGAGGUUUCAAUUACUUGUCAAAGUCGGCUGGGGAUCACAAUCAACCGUAUGGCUCGCCCGAGACAUUGCAAGACUUAAAUGGCAAUCUGAGCGAACAGUGGUCCUCAAAAUAAUCAACAGUAACAACGCUGAUAAUGCUCGACACGAAAAGGAGAUUGAAAGCCAUAUCACGCAGCAAAAUCCAGAACACCAUCGCCGCGUGAUUCUUCGUACAUGUCUAGAUGACGUCGAAGUAACUGGCCCGGAAGGGAGGCAUAUGUGCCUGGUGUAUGAACCGAUGAGAGAGCCUAUCUGGAUUCUACAGAGGCGUUUUGUUGAUCGCAAGAUUCACUUGCCCAUUGCAAAGGCCUAUAUCUACUUCCUCCUUGCCGGUCUUGAUUAUCUUCACUCAGAGUGCAAUGUUGUCCACAGUGAUCUGAAGCUAGAUAACAUCCUCAUGAGCUUCGAAAACGAAAACAUCCUUACCAACUUCAUAAAUCGAAAACAACAAAUGCAAUACAAGAUUGAUGGCAAGAGUGGUCGAACUAUCUACCGCUGCCAUAAUGAUUUCGGUCCUCUUGACGGGCGAGAUAUCAAGAAUAUGGUUCCCAAAAUAGCCGAUUUCGGGCUCGCAACGAGACUCGACAAGCCGGAUACUCGAGAUGGAAUGGUAGGAAAGCAACUUGGCAUUUAUCCUAUCCAACCAGACUAUUACCGUGCUCCAGAGGUAAUCCUUGGCUGCGGUUGGGAUUUCAAGGCGGAUAUUUGGAACUUUGGUUUGUUGUUGUGGAAUAUCCUUGGGAGCCAGGAGUUGUUCCAACAGGUAUAUGAUGCAGAUGGCAAAUACGACGCAAAGUCACACCUGGCAGAAAUGAUUGCUCUACUUGGUCCACCCCCCAAGGCAUUGCUCGCAAAAUCAAAGACUAUGUCAGAACACGACUGGCCCCAGCCUGUGGCAAAUGACACUGGCAAAUUGUGCAAUAAUGCCCAGGAAUUCUUUGACGGUCCUUUCUUUGACGCAGAAGAUAAAUUUCGGCAUAAUGGGUUGAUCCCGUCUCGAAGCUUAGAGAAUACAGCUCCAUUCCUCGAACAGGAAGAUCGAGAGGCAUUUUUAUCUUUUGUUCGGCAAAUGCUCAAUUGGCUCCCAGAGGAGAGAAAAACAGCUCGUGAACUGAUGGAUCAUCAGUUUCUCAAACUUGGAGGUUGA